AUAUUGUAUUAGGUGUUAAUGCUUGUGUAUUAGGUGUUAAUGCUUGAUGUGAAUGAAUGUAAUUGAUUUGUGUUACCUAAUCAAUUGAAUAAUUUAGAUGUUUGUACUAUUUAUCUAUAUCAAUUGAGUGUGUAUUCAACUUUUGGAGGAUGGAUGCGCACAGCUCUCAGCACGGGCAAAUUAUCGAAAUCAACGCAGAUCUUCCUGAUGCUGGAAGGAAGAUUUGUUGUGAAUCACCAUGUGGAUUCUCAGAUGCUGGAUCCAUCUCUAAGGAUUCGAAAGAACGUUCAACUUCGAUGCGAAAGCUUAUGAUGGCAGUGAUACUGUGUGUGAUUUUCAUGACUGUUGAACUGGUCGGUGGGCUCAAAGCAAACAGUCUUGCAAUACUGACUGAUGCAGCGCAUCUUCUUUCGGAUGUUGCGGCUUUUGCCAUCUCCUUGUUUUCUUUAUGGGCUGCGGGAUGGGAAGCUACUCCUCGCCAGUCGUAUGGGUUUUUCAGAAUAGAGAUUCUCGGUGCUUUGGUGUCUAUCCAAUUAAUAUGGCUGCUUGCUGGGAUUAUUGUAUAUGAAGCCAUUGAUAGACUCAUCGCCGGUCCUCAAAAUGUCGAUGGUUUUUUAAUGUUUUCAGUUGCUGCAUUUGGUCUUGUGGUUAACAUCAUUAUGGCUGUGUUAUUAGGUCAUGAUCACGGCCAUGGUCACGGUCAUGACCACGGACAUGGUCAUCAUGGCCACAGUCACGGACUUACAGUUUCUACACAUGAUCUUACAAAAGAUGAGCACCACCAUCAUACUCAUGAAGAUCACAUUCACCAUCACGCACAUGAAGGUGUUACCGAACCACUUCUCGGCGAGUCCAAAGAAAAAUCCAAGAAGAGGAACAUAAAUGUGCAAGGGGCUUAUCUCCAUGUACUCGGCGACUCUAUCCAAAGUAUUGGAGUAAUGAUCGGAGGAGCAGUUAUAUGGUAUAAACCAGAAUGGAAAAUAGUUGAUUUAAUUUGCACUCUAUUCUUUUCGGCAAUUGUUUUGGGAACAACUAUCAAUAUGCUGCGAAACAUUUUGGAAGUUCUGAUGGAGAGUACGCCUCGCGAGAUUGAUGCUACUAAGCUUGAAAGGGGGAUAUUGGAGAUGGAGGAAGUAGUGGCUGUUCAUGAGCUCCACAUUUGGGCUAUCACAGUUGGGAAGAUUUUGUUGGCAUGUCAUGUUAAAAUCAACCGCGAUGCCGAUGCAGACAUUGUAUUGGACAGAGUUGUUGACUACAUCAAAAGAGUUUAUAACAUUAGCCAUGUAACUAUUCAGAUAGAGCGCUAGUUUCUUUCCUAUUGAUUGUUAGUGGCCAUUGUGUUUCUGGAACUCAAUUCUCUCCAUGGCAAUAAUAAUAAUAAUAAUAAUAAUAAUACCUUCUUGCUCUUAUUGCUAGUUGUUCAA